CGCUCCUGCGUCUGUUGUGAUUCUACUGAAGAAAGACCUGAUGCUGCAUGAAAUGGAUGAAAUAGAAGAGAAAACUCCAUAUGAGAAACAUCUUGAUUUCAUAACUGGAGAAAAAUCUUUUAUUUGCUCACAGACUGAAAAAUCCAAAAGAAAGAUUUCGUCUCAGAAGAGAAGAGAAGAUAGAAGUCAUUUCACCUGCCAACAGUGUGGAAAGAGCUUCACACAAAGAGGAAAUCUUACGGUUCACGUGAGAAUUCACACAGGAGAGAAACCGUUCACCUGUCAACAGUGUGGAAAAAGUUUCACUCAAAAAGUGAGUCUUACAUACCACAUGAAAAUUCACACUGGAGAGACACCGUACACCUGCCAGGAGUGUGGAAACAGUUUCACUGAGAAAAGGAGCCUCGAGAUCCACAUGAGAAUUCACACCGGAGAGAAGCCGUACACCUGCAGAGAGUGUGGAAGACGUUUCAUUCGAAGAGAAGACCUGAAAAGCCACGUGAGAGUUCACACUGGAGAGAAACCGUUCACCUGCCAACAGUGUGGAAAGAGCUUCACACAGAAAGGAAAUCUCACGACUCACAUGAGAAUUCACACUGGAGAAAAGCCGUUCGUAUGUGUUCAAUGUGGCAGUAGUUACAGAAACACUAGAAACCUUAAUGCCCACAUGAUAAUCUACACUGGAGACGAGCCGUACACCUGCCAACAGUGUGGAAAAAGUUUCUCACUAAAAGGAAAUCUUAAGACUCACAUGAGAAUUCACACUGGAGAGAAGCCGUUCACAUGCUCUCAGUGUGGAAAAUGUUUUACACAGAAAAAAACCCUUACAGGCCACAUGAGAAUUCACACUGGAGUGAAACCUUACUCCUGCAAAACAUGUGGGCAGAGUUUCGCUCAAAAACAUAGUCUUGAAGGCCACAUGAAAAUCCACACUGGAGAAAAGUCAGUCAUAUGCCCUGAGUGUGGAAAGAGUUUCAAACUGAAAAAAAACCUUGAUGCCCACUUGAAAGUUCACACUAAAAAGAAGCCUUACAUCUGCGAACUGUGCGGAAAUAGCUUCUCACUAAAUGGACAUCUUAAGACUCACAUGAGAAUUCACACUGGAGAGAAGCCGUUCAUAUGCUCUCAGUGUGGAAAGAGUUUCAGACAGAAUAGAGACCUCAAUGCCCACAUGACAAAUCACACUGGAGAAAAGCCUUACAAAUGCAAACUGUGCGGGAAGAGCUUUAUGCAAAAAGAAAAUUUUAAGACUCACAUGAGAAUUCACACUGGAGAGGAUCCGUUUGUUUGUGAUCAGUGUGGAAAGAGUUUCAGAUGUAGAGAAUACCUUAAUCAUCACAUGAGGAUUCACUCAGGAGAGGACUGUUUUAUAUGUCAUCAGUGCGAAAGGAGUUUCACAGACAGGAAUCACCUUGAGAAUCAUGUAAAAGUUCAUAUUGGGGAGAAGCCUUACAUGUGCCAUCAAUGUGGAAUGAGUUUCACCAACAGAGCAAAGCUGGAAGAUCACAUGAAUGUUCACGCUGGAGAGAAGCCUUUCACCUGCAAACUGUGUGGAAAGAGCUUUACAAUUAAAAGAGAUCUUCAUAUUCAUAUACAACUUCACUCUGGAGAGCAGCCUUACAAGUGUCAUCAGUGUGAAAGGAGUUUCACAGAGAGGAAUCACCUUGAGAAUCAUGUAAAAGUUCACAUUGGAGAGAAACCUUUUUUAUGCCCUCACUGUGGAAAGGGUUUCACAUACAGAGCAAACCUUGAGUAUCACAUAAGAAUUCACUCUGGAGAGAAGCCUUACACCUGCACUCAGUGUGGAAGGAGCUUCACGGUUAAAGGAAACCUUAAGCUGCACAUGAGAGUUCACACUGGAGAGAAGCCUUACAAGUGUCUCCAGUGUGAAAAGAGUUUCACAAUUCAAGGAAACCUUAAGAUUCACAUGCGAAUGCACACUGGAGAGAAGCCUUACAAGUGUGAUCAGUGUGACAUGAGUUUCUCAUAUCACAUAAGCCUGAAAAAUCAUUUGCAAACUCAUUCUGGAAAUUUCUCCUUUUCCUCAGUUUGACAAGAGGUUUAGAAAAAGGAGUAAUUCAGCAAUCAUAUGCACAUUCACUCUGGAGAAAGACAGUUUAAUUGUGAUCAGUGCAAUAAAAAUAUUAAACAUUUAUACAUGCAUAAGCAAAGUCAUGUGAAUGUGAGAGCCUGUUUGUUUUUGUUAAAGUAGUAGAGUAGAGUCAUAGAGUAUGACAAUAAAAAAUGCUGUAUGGCUGUAAUACUCGAGUCCGUUCUCAAGAUGAUUUUCUAUUGUCUUGGACUCGUUAGUAUUGGCACUCAGACGUGGUCAUUGGUCUCGCUAAAUGUUCUGGUUGGUUUCAUUGGUUUGAGGCAGUCUUUGUGGCCACUGUAACUCGAUGGAAUCCCACCUUCAAGCAAGUAUGUAUACACCGCCUUGACACAGAUCUGCUCUCUUGACGGAUCAGAGCGUUCACACUGCACGCGGUUGCUGUCCGGCAGUGCGUUCCAGAUGCGGUGCGUUUGCAGCAGUGCAGCGAUCGUUUCGGCACAGAGUCUAUUUUUGCUGUGCUGGAAUCCGGAACAGCAGAUUGUUUGUGGGCAAAAUGAACAUGGAUUGGCAUUAAAUUGUAAUAAAUUCAUAAUUUACGCACAAUUAAUGUGUGAUACUUUGUACACAGUAAAUUAGAAAAAUAAAUCCAAAAAAGAAAUAAAGAAAUAAAAAAGGAAAAUACAUAAAUGAGCACAGUACUUCUAUAAAACUUGCAUAAUGCGAUCAGAUAUGUUUUUUCCCUACAAAAAUUACUUUUUAUAUCGUUGGAGGAAGAGGGGGAGUUUAAUCGCAUCAGCCAAUCACGUGGCGGAACUACAACUACUCAAAACAAGGUGACAUGGACGACACUCGUCUAAUUGUGGAGGUGGAAAAAUACAGAAUUCUGUACGACCCGCAGAAUUCGUUGUACAAAGAUUUGAUUGCGAAGGAAAGGGCAUGGGAAACCGUUUCUUCGGCUAUUGGUGUGAAUGGUAAGUUUUCAAAUCUUUAUUUCUUAAGUGCCAUGUUUACGUGUACUUACACUUGCUUCAGCAACUAUCAUUAUAUAUAAGCGUAAUGACUGUAACAUUACGCUAUUUAUGUGUAGGUUUUUCAACAUGAAUACAAACUGUUGGGCCUAUAUGUUGUUCGUGAAUACAGUAGUGUUUCUCUUUUUAUCUAUAUUCAAGUUUACACUUGAAUUUAGCAUGUCAUAGUCAUACAUAAAUGUUAUGUCUAAUUAGUAGGCCAGAUGUCAUUUAUAAAGGGCUGUCAAUUAAGUAGUUUGUUAAAGUUUAAGUGUACAUAUAAGUGUUAAAAUUGUAUUCUUCUAAUUUUACGUGACAAUGUAUAAAUAUCAGUCGUUUCAAUUGAUAAUAAAGUGUAAUAUGAAUUAUUAAUAUAGAAAUGCAUAUCUUAAUAUAGUGUACAUAUCUGUAAUUAAUAUAAUACAUAUUAUUACUGCAUAUUAUCAAUUUACAUGGAUAUAUUCAUACUAAAAUUUACUUUAUAUUCAGGCAGACAACUAUAUGAAAAGUUAUUUAUUCAGAUAUACAUUAAUGUAUUCAUAUUUUAUCCAAAUGUUUCCUGUAUAAAAUCGAGGAUUGAACCGGCGUCAGUAGCGCACUGCAAACGUGUCCUGUGUGAAAGCACAAUGACCGCUUCCUGCUUCUGCACCGCAUACGUAACGCACACGGACUGCAUACGCACUGCAGAUGGAGUAAAACGUGAAACGUGAAGGAACAAGCUAACGGUAAGCAACUUAUUUUUGAAGUAAUUGAGCUAUGUUGAUGUUUAGAUUAGCCUGUUUGUAGAUAGAUAAAUUAAGUUCGCUGUAGAGCAGGAUGGAGUGCAUUUGUAUUUGCUGUAAAUUAUGGUGUUUCAAUUUAGUUUGUCACCUUUUUCACCCUUGAUGAGUUUGCACCCCUGUCUAGAGUGAUGAAUUUUGAUGAUAACAGGAUGAGGGCAGGCAUCUGUAGACGUACCAAGCCGACUGCGAUACACAAGACUGGCGACUCCCGCAGUUUAGGGAUGAAACUUUAGAAAAAAGUCAUUAUGGGAUCACUUCCCUCAACCGACUACUUGAGGUUUAGAAUUCUGAUAUUUUCCUGUCAGGAACGAUCCUCUUCUGUAACAGCUUUGGUAAUGUGUUUAGGCAGGGCCUCUUAACACACUCUUGUUCACUCUGCCAUCAUUUACAGAAGUCAUUCAUGGCAAUUUUCAAGUGACAGCUAAAAACUCAUCUCUUUCAUCAUUUCACUGCAUCCUAAUUUAAAAAAAAACAUAUUGCUUUUUCUUUCUUUAAUCCCUCCCUGUCUAGCUUGUUAUAAUCUGAACAAUGUCUGAAACUUUGUAUCAUUUGCUACUUUAUGAUGAAUAGCUGCUUGUAUUCAUCUUCUGCAAGUCACUUUGGAUAAAAGCAUCUGCUAAAUAAAUGUAAAUGAAUCUCUUGUUGUAGGUGGGUGUGUGCAUGAAUACAAAUGUAAAAUCAUCUUUAGUCUUUAUUGUCUGUUGAUGUUUGUGUCUGGUUUGUUUAACUGUUCUCAUUGUUCCUGAGUUGAGUGUGACUUUCCCUGAUCUCUAUGAUAAUGAGUGCUGUAGAUCUGCUGAUGAAUCUGAGUGCUUCCUAUAACUGCUGACAUCCUUUUAGUGCUUUGUUUGCUUUGUCUUCAGCUGUAAGGACGGCCUCCUGAAAUCUAAAUCAAAUGACAACUCUGUUUCACUGCUUUAGUCAGACUUCAUGACUGCGGCACCACAGUUUAAUCUCCAUCAAGAAUCUGCUGAAGAUUCAAAGAGUCUCCUGAUCUUCACCUCACUGUUUCUACCGGUGCAACUGGAUAUUCAAGACCUGAUGCCACUGAAAGGGGAGAGUCAGCAGUCUCACUCUGACACAGAAUAACAGCAGGAAGACUACACUACAACUGCAAAACACUGCUCAGACCCCGCUAACAGAUGCAGAACACCAGUUAACGGGUUCUUCCCAUGAACACAGUUGCUGCUAGUUAGGAGCUUGUUAGAAAG